UUGAACUUAAAAGUAACGAUCCAUAAUACAAAAGUCGAUGCUUUUAUUUUUAACAUCUAUGUCGGAAGCAGUGGUUCGGACCCCCUUCACGUCGCUCUGCUAGCGCAGAGCCAUUUAUACUAAGCUAACGGUUUAGCACAGCUGACCUCCGUCUUUACGGGGUUUAUUUCCCGGGUUAGUUGUAGUACGACAGUUAGCUUCAAGAUGGCUUUGUUGACGCCAUUAUUCGCUUUUCUGUACCAUCUACCGCAGGUGUACAAGUGGCUACUGAAGCCGUAUUAUGUAGCAUCCCUCUUCAUGUCUAUAGCAUUUCUAGCUGUCCGCAAAACGCCCGGCAUCUGUGACCGUCUGGCCACACAGCGAGAAGACGGCAACUCCUGCGACUUCGACUGGAGAGAGGUGGAGAUCCUCAUGUUCCUCAGUGCCAUCGUGAUGAUGAAGAACCGCCGGGCGAUAACUGUGGAGCAACAUGUGGGCAACAUCAUCCUGUUCAGCAAAGUGGCCAAUGUGAUCCUGUUCUUCAGACUGGACAUCAGGAUGGGGCUGCUCUACCUGACGCUCUGCAUAGUGUUUUUGAUGACCUGUAAGCCUCCUCUGUACAUGGGACCCGAGUACAUCAAAUACUUCAGUGACAAAACUAUUGAUGAUGAACUGGCGAGAGACAGCCGCGUGACGUGGAUCGUCGAGUUUUUUGCCAACUGGUCUCCAGAGUGCCAGUCCUUCGCGUCUGUGUACGCUGAUCUCUCUCUCAAGUAUAACUGUGCUGGCCUAAAGUUUGGCAAAGUGGACAUUGGACGCUAUGGAGAGGUUUCCAAAAAGUACAAGGUGUCAGCAUCUCCACUCUCCAAGCAGCUUCCAUCUUUGGUGCUGUUCCAAGGAGGGAAGGAAGUUAUGCGGCGCCCUCAGGUGGACAAGAAGGGCAGGGCUGUGUCGUGGAGCUUCACUGAGGAGAACAUCAUCCGAGAGUUCAAUCUGAACGAACUCUACCAGAAAUCCAAGAAGCUCAGCAAGACCAGAGGAGACAAGGUCAGCCAAUCCCAGUUCCCCCCAGUGCCCGAGGAGGAGGAACCAGAGCAGCAGGGAGCUGAAGCCCAGGGGGCGGAGUCUGAAUCCAAGAAGGACAAAUAGGACCAUUUGUAUUACUCACACUGGACUUGUUAAUGGAAUCUGUGGGUCCACUGUGGGUCAGCUAGCUCCUCCUCCACCAUUGUCUUCAUGCUCCUCUUCAGAGUGUUCUGUUUGUUUACUUGUGAAUCAGGCCCCGCCCCCUUUCCCUGAACAUCCCUAAUAUGUAAUUUAGCAGAGUAUCAAAGCAGACUGCACGCACUCAGUGGUGCCACUGCAGUAAACCAUCCCAGUUCUCUUUGUGUGAAGAAAGUAAAGAACCAGAGGUCACUCUGUGGUGGAGGAGCUUGGCUGGUGGGAGCUGAUGAUGUAAUUCAGACAUGCAUCUAAGAGACGUCCAACACAGGAGCAGUACAUGUUACAGUUUUAUGGUACUAAUGACUUAUUUUAAUCUUUAAUAAUUUAAAUGCAGUUAGUUAGUUACUGAUGUGGACCAAUCAGCAGCUUUGUCCGUCACACACAUUCCAUCAGCUUCUGUUUAGUUUUCUGCUUUUAUUGUUUUCACCUGCUGACCAUGACUGUGUGCAGUUCCCAGUCAGCUGUUUCUUUCUUUGGACACACCUUACAGACCCUGACUGGCAGCAGUUAGUAGUCAGGUUGAUUUAAAGUAGCGGUGAGUCAGUGAUCCUAUGCCUCACCCCAGUUUCUCACCUGGUCUCCAGUCUGCUGUGUAUGACCAGUGUUCUACAGUUGCCUUUAACAGAUGGUGUAAAACACGUCGUAGUCCGGGUGUAACUCCCUACCUGACGAGCCCACCUUUGGUUUUAGUUUGCAUUUACAGUUUUAUGAAGUCAAAGGACUUUUUUCUUAAACUUGACUAAAUGCAUGUGUAAGUUUACAUUUUAAAGUUUCAAUGAAUAAUCUGAUAGACUAAAUAAUACAUCAAAUAAUUGCUGACUUGGGAUCAGUGAGGUAGUUUCAGGCUUCUCGGCUGUGCUUGGUUCCCGUUUGUGCAGAAACAUGAAAAUGAGGCAUUGAUGUAGAAUCCUGUGUGAACUGCAGUAACCCCCUAAGAACCAUGCAGCAGCAAUAAGAGGCUUGCAGCAGUGUGGCAGCACUGUUUGCUGCUCUAACACCAGGACACCGGGCGGUGCACACGAACACAGCUCACUGCUGACACUGACCUGAGCAGUGAGCUUCCAUCUCAGCACUGCUGUAGACUAUAAGUAGCUGAUGAUUGAACCACUGCAAAGAAAGUAGCAGAGUCAAGCUAAAGUUUGGGGUUCGUUCAACAGGAGUUUCAUUUCUUUCUUCCUCCUUCAUUGUGUUAUUUGUGUGUAGUUGCCAUUGAAUGUAGGUUUAUAAACCCUGCUGUGUUUUAUCCACCCAUCAUUGAAUUUUACUUUCAAACAGAGAAGGCUUCGGUUUCUGUCUUAACAUGUAAUUGAUGACUUAAACAUUCUGAUAAACGAAGAGCCAUGUGAUAAGUCUGUGGAGAGCCUCAAAUACAUUUUCUUUUCUAAAAACAAAAAUCUAAUAAUGAUCAAUAAUUGGGAUGCUCCAUGGAGGGGAGAGUCACUUGUUUGGCCAGUCUCAUCCGUGAGGAAAGUGUGGAUUAUAUCCAUCUUGUCCACAAACUUCAUAUCUACGGGUCUCAGCGGGGGUGUUGAGCCCCGAGUUGAGAAACUGCACACAGUGACUAACAGAGUGUGGAAACACAGCUGGUGGAUCCAGGAACCUCUGCACUUCUCACCCAGAUGAUGUCAGAUGUGUCCUACACUUUGAUUGGCCGAGCCCUGGACUCCAUGGUGAUAAAAUGAGCGUGUUUCCGCAGACUGAGGAUCAUCUGGGUUACCAACAUCGCUGCAUUCAUGUCUUUGUUACAAACCUUGUUAUUUGUUACAUAGUGAACCAAUUUUUUGACACGUUUGAUGUUUUUCCUUUUUUACAUUCAGUAAGCACACUGUAGUUUUACAGACGUUCGUUCCUGAUUCAACCUGUUGUUACAAAACCUGCUUGGUUUAUGAUACAUGUCCAUGUUUCAUCUCUGUGGCGUGUUACAUUUCAUUCAGAAAAGUCUGGCUUGUUUGCUGUUCAUGCAGUAAAGACCAUGUGCACAUGAA